AUGGCUGCCAAUGUGCCGGCAGCAGAUCAUGAUGAUAUGAAAGAUUUCGAGGACGAGCAGCCACUAGGCAUUUCUACUGCGAUGCUUUUUUUGUCCGACCAUUCUUGCUUGAAGCUGGUGGAGUUUGUGUCCGAGACCGCAGUGCAGGAAGCACAUGAGAUUCUCAAAGAACUGUAUGUGAACUUCGGCACCAAGCAGCCAGUGCUUAGCAAGUACCGGGCUGCCUUUCAGUGGGUUCAGGACGAGUACAGUGUUUUGCCAGUGACUGCAAAGAAGAAGGAGAUCCAGGAGGUGCAGCUGCUGAAGGACAUCCUUACGCUGUUGGCGACAGACGGCGACGGUGGCGAGGAUGGGGGCUCCGAUGCCUCAUCAGAUUCAGGUGCUGAGGACUCUGCAGGGGAGGAGUCGUCCGUUGCUGACGAACCCGCUGCAGAAGGGUCUGACAUGGAUACGUGUGACACGCAGGUUCCUAUGCAGUCCAGUGCCGAUGAGUCAAGUACGAAGAGUAAGGUUUUGCCGCCAGUGCCGAAAUUCAGUGGCGGGGCGAAAGAUCCAAGCUUCGUUGAUUCCGAGCCCUCUGCAAGUGAGAUUCCCUUGAAAUCUCAGACCCCAGAUUCCUCCUUGGCCCCCAGCCCUGAUGAGAUGCCUGCGAAAUCCGAAGCCGCAGAUUUGACCAUUCGCCCCAGCACUGAGAUUCCCCCAUGA